UGUCUCCAGAGCAGGGGUGUCAAACUGGCAGCCCUCCAGCUGUUGCCAAACUACAAGUCCCAUGAGGCAUUGCAAGACUGACAGUUACCAGCAUGACUCCCAAAGGCAGAGGCAUGAUGGGACUUGUAGUUUUUGCUACAGCUGGAGGGCCGCCAUCCUGUGGCCCUCCAGCUGUUGCCAAACUACAAGUCCCAUGAGGCAUUGCAAGACUGACAGUUACCAGCACGACUCCCAAAGGUAGAGGCAUAAUGGGACUUGUAGUUUUGCUACAGCUGGAGGGCCGCCAGUUUGACACCCCUGGUCUAGAGUGAUGACAGAAAGAGGUUGGGCAUCUGCCU